CACAAUUAAAGUUUAAAAAACAAUGUAUUAAAAUGUACACUCUAUUACAUGGCUUUUAUAAAUAUCUAGUUCAAAAAGACGAGUAUUGUGUUUUAAUUUUGGGGCUAGAUAAUGCUGGGAAGACGACAUAUUUGGAGGCUACAAAAACAAAGUUCACAAAGAAAUAUAAGGCUAUGAACCCUAGUAGGAUCACGACUACAGUUGGAUUGAACAUAGGAAAAAUAGAUGUCGACGGCGUUCGGUUAAACUUCUGGGACCUUGGUGGGCAACAGGAGCUACAAUCUCUCUGGGACAAAUACUAUGCAGAAUGCCAUGCUGUGAUAUACAUAGUUGAUUCUUCAGAUAGAGAAAGAAUAUCAGAAUCAAAAGAAACAUUUGACAGGAUGAUAGCAUCAGAACACCUGUCCGGUGUACCUUUGUUGGUGCUAGCAAACAAACAAGACAUUCCUGACUGUAUGGGAGUUCACACAGUGAAGCCUAUUUUUAACCAAAAUGCGCAUCUCAUUGGUGCAAGGGACAUCAUGCUUAUGGCGACUUCUGCACUUACUGGAGAUGGAGUGGAUGAAGGCAUCAGAUGGUUGGUGGACUGCAUAAAGAGAAACAACGUGGAGCGACCGCCGCGCAACCACGAAGACAACUUAUAAAGCGGCCCGAGACGCCGCCGCCGCCGUCGUCGAAGCGUCUAUCAUUCGCGGCUUAAACAGACGUGAAUAAUAAUGAGUAUUCCUAAUAAGAUAAUGAUGUGACUUGUGAUCGACCCAUUGUUUUGUACAUGCUAUAAUAUUGAUAUAAUAAAGAUUAUGAGAAUG